AUGGGAGUAGAAGCAAAGUCUAGGCGCCGCAGCAAAAGACUUCGCAAUAUACGUCGACCAAUACACAAAGUCAACCCUAUUCAACGCCAGUCCCUCCGAAUCGCGAUCAAAAGGAGCCUUGAGGAUGCUGAAUCCUUCAGCCAUGUUGGUCGAGAUGUAAUUGCAAUUCGAGGAUCCCCUUCGCCGAUCGAAGAUCUCGACACAACCAUUGUUGACAAUGUCAUAGAAGUACAAGACUUGUCUGAUUUGUCCAACGGCAUUCCCAGUGGGCAGCCAGGCUGGUAUAAAAUACGGCGUAUUGUUGGACAGAGGCUAGCCUAUUACCUCGUCGAGUGGGAGGGUAUCGAUCCGGCUACAGGGCAGAAUUUUCCAGUUGAGUUCGUCUACCAAUCGGACGUCAACGGCCCCGCUCGUCGUGAAUGGCAUGCACUUCAGAAUGCCGGAAAGCUGAGGCGUGCUCGGUGCGGAACUCUAAUCCUCGAGGAUGCGAAAGAAUCAGUAGUUUAUGAGGAGGCAUGGAAACGGAGCAUCCGGAGAUCUUGUGCGUUGUCAUGA